CCUUUUAGAAAACAUGGAGUUGUUCCUUUGGCUACAUACAUGCAAAUCUAUAAGAAAGGUGAUAUUGUGGACAUAAAGGGAAUGGGCACUGUUCAAAAAGGAAUGCCCCACAAAUGUUACCAUGGCAAAACUGGAAGAGUCUACAAUGUCACCCAGCAUGCAGUGGGCAUUGUUGUGAACAAACAAGUCAAGGGCAAGAUUCUUGCCAAGAGAAUUAAUGUACGUAUUGAGUAUAUUAAGCACUCUAAGAGCCGAGAUAGCUUCCUGAAACGUGUGAAGGAAAAUGAUCAGAAAAAGAAGGAAGCCAAAGAGAAGGGGACCUGGGUUCAGCUGAAGCCUCAGCCUGCUCCACCCAAGAAGCACAUUUUGUGA